UUCAGUAGAACAUAUGCACACUAUUCAAGUAGUGCGUUACAUAUAGAUUUUCCAAUGAAGCCAGCAGCAAUGAAAAAGUUCAGCUCCAGUCAUUCUUCUCCACUACCACCCAGUGAGCCAGGAGCUCCUAAAAGGUCAGUGCCUGGACCAACUUCCCCGUGGCAUUUUUUAGAUCUCUUAUUGUUUUCGACUCUUCGACGACCGAUGUUUAUUGAUCCGGCCAUUAAAGCUGGAGUAUAUCUUUGCCUAGCUGCCGGCGUAUCUCUUGUCUUCGACUUUGUGAGAGCUCCUCCAACUUACUUUUCUAAUAAGCAAAAUCCGUUCAAUAGGUAUUUCGUGAAAUUAGGGUGGGCUUGGACAUGUGGUUGCCUUGCAGCCUUUAUAAUCGUUUCUUCCUUUGUAUAUACGGCUGGUAAUGUUAAGCUUAUGCGUGGGCAUAUUUUACGCUUGGUCGUUGGCUCUGGCUGUUGGUAUACUGUUACUGGACUUAUCAACUUAAUUCAUGAUUGGUCUGGUCACUGUCAUCCAGCAUCGGUUACCUUGCCUAAUGGACUCCGUCCCAAUCAACGAAUUUCAUGUCAUCGAGCUGGAGGUGUUUGGCUAGGAUUUGAUAUAUCGGGUCACUGCUUCCUGCUAAUCAUGUCCAACUUAUGGAUCAUAGAAGAACUCAGCUGUAUGCAACAUUGGAACAAACUCUCUGAAAUUCUACAGCUGCAUAAGAGCAACGAACCGAACCAGUCCACUAAUACCAGUGGAAUUCGUCAUGUUUCUGAACAAGAACUGAACAUUAUGCGCUCAGCUUAUCGAAGAUUAACAACUAUGAUUCGUCUAAUAUUUUCGUUUACAGCCUGUUUGUCUAUGCUUUGGGAUAUUAUGUUUCUUUCGACAGUAAUCUAUUUUCAUACUAUGCCAUCAAAGCUUUUGGGUACCGCACUUGGUGUCGCUUGUUGGUUCCUAUUUUACCGAGUCAUUUUUCGUAGUUGCCCGACUGGAUAUUGGGGUGGGUUCGCUCCUGGACUACCCGGAGAUGGUCCGAUUAAAUUUGUACUCAAAUAGCUCCUCCAAUAAAAUAUGAAUAGUUACUGUUUGUAUAGAAUAUCACAGUUUUCGUAAAUACUUUAGUUUGACGUUUCGGUACUCAUCACUUUUACGUUUUUCAAAAUAUAUUUUCAGUAUGUUGUCAUGUUGACUGAUGAAAUCACUGAUUUUGAGCUUUUAUAACCAAUCAUAUUGUACUGCCGUUACUUUUAAAUAUCAGAAAACAAAAUCCUGGCUUGUAACCACAUAAAAUAACGUUUUAUAACCAUUACGUACCAGUCCUGAAGUUUGGUAGGAAGCAAUUGCGUUCACCGAGGUGAAAAGCUUCAUGCCAGCUGUUCGGACAUGUUUAUGUAACUAAAAACAGAAGACCUACGAAAAAUGUUCACAUGCUUGUUUUAUAUUGAUUUUUGAUGGAAUUAUGAAUAUCAUGAAGUUAAAGGUUGUGUAAAUUAACAAACAUCUCUCUAAUUGUCAUAUUCACCUCAUCGAAAGUUGGCAUGCAUAUAGAAGUAAAUGAGCCGAAAAUUUCAACAUUUAAACCAAUUCUUCUACCAACCACCAAUGAUUAGGUGAUGUAGAAUUUCAAACCUACGUUCCACCAGCAAGACCCAAAACAUACUAAACAUAAUGAUUUUUUCACUUAGUACAUCAAUAAGCUUGGAAUUAUAGUGUAGGAAUAUAUUUUUCCUACUUGACUGUAUAGUAAGACGUAGAAACUUUGUUUAAAUGCUUGUAGUUUUUUUCAUAAAAUCAUUUUGCAAACA